UGGUCCCAGCCUCUUCUGCGCCCGUGCAGCAAAAGAUACCAUGAACAUUUGUUCCGCCUUCGCAGCCUUGUCCGUGUGACGGUGGAUGUAAGGUGUCUACAAGGAAGGACAGUUGUGCCUCGUGCCACUACCAUGAACAACAAGGAUACGGAUGGAGAAGACCACCCAUUAAAAAACAAUGAAGGGAAGGCUCUAGAGAACAAUAAUGACCCCAGUGGAGAAAAUGAUGUGUGCAUUAAAAAGCAGAGCGGCCUUUCACGUUUGUCCAAGAUUCGCACUGCUGUGUUUUUUGGCGCACUGUUUCUUUGCCUUACCGUAGUGUUUGCCUUUUCAUUCAUAAUUCCUUGCCCCGUGAGACCUUUCUCUGCGAGAACUUGGAGCAUACACUAUAACAACUCAGUUGGCUAUCCGUUUCUGGCUACAGACGAUGUGAACAAAGAUAAUGUGCAAGAUGUUCUCUUCAUUUUUAAAACCGACGAUGCCAACAAAUUAAAUGUAUCCUGUAUGGAUGAAGGCUUCCAGAAACCAUGCUUCUUCUUAUCUGCCCUGUCUGGGACAAAUGGAAGUACCCUGUGGAUCAGACCUGUUUCUGAUGAUGAUGUGCAGUUAGUGGAGUGCAAUAUCCAGGACCUUGGUGGUGAGGACAGCGGUGGCUGUCUGGUUAUAAGGAAAUCCGGAUUCAUAUUAGCUAUUGAUUCGAAAACAGGACACACCUUGUGGGAAAAGCCAACGAAGUUUGCAGCUGAGUCCACAGUUCUAAAACCAGUGCUGAAAAUUCCAGAUGUGGAUAAAGAUGGUGUAGAAGAUCUUAUGUUUUUUCUUUUUGUGGAAGAUGAGCUGCAGAGUGCUAUAUUCUCAGGAAAAAAUGGAGAUCGUAUCGGAGAAAAGUGGAGGAUUGGAACUGAGAAACCAAGUGGUUAUUACACACAUGUGACAAAGUCAAAGGCACCGUAUGUCCUGUUCUUCCAAGGUAGGUCCAUUGCUGCUUAUUCCGUCAGCGACCUGUGUUCUCACACUGCGGACCCUGAAGCAAAACCGUUACCUAUCGUGCAGGACUCUGACUGGGAGGCACAAGGGAAUACUACUGCGGGGUUUAUUCCCAUCAUAGCUUCUUCCAGCUCCGGUAACAUUCUCUACAUAUUAAAUAUUCCUGGAAGAUAUUAUAACAACAUUUUAGUUGUGAGAUCUGAGGUUUCUGAAUUGCUAGAUGGUCAAAAAUUUCAAACAUUGUGGACAGUGAAUACGACCAACAUUUUAAGUAAGCCAGCACUGGGGUUUUUCAAGAGAGAUGUCUUCUCUAUAAUGAUGGAGCUUGAAACUGGAAUGAACAAAAAAAAGGUCAUUAUUGUAGACAGCAACAGUGGAGCUUUACAGUGGGAGUAUGAACUGAAUUUGGGUAUUGCCAGACAAAACCCUGCCGUGCUGAAUACAGGAGACCAUCGCUCAACGUUUCUGUUCUGGGCAGUGAACUCUCCAGAUUUCAACAACAGUGCAAUAGAAGAAAACCUCUUUAUGUUUCACCCAUCACAUCCGGAUGCCCUUCUCCAACUGAACAAUCAUACUGAAAAUAUAAUCCUCUUUACUGCCGCCCUGUUUGAGCGCAGCCGGCAUGCUUGUUACGUUUUGGUGACAGGUCCCAACACAACAGAGGACCCUGGCACUUUGACGGUGUCUAAGCGGAAGUUAAAAGAAGACCUAAGUAAUGGAAAAGUCAUAUGGUUCGGCACUGAAGAGACCAACACUGAGGGGAUUAGGGAUGAUUUUUUUAGAAUGAGAUAUUCUACUCACUAGCAUGAAAAAAACAAUGUAGAGGUCUCUUCAUUCCUCACAUCUUGAAGACAUGCAUUUCCUUUACAAUAUCAGAUGCAAGGAAAAUGGCCAGAAACAUUGUUGGAAGAGCUACUGGCUCUUUUUCUGAUGUCCUCCUUAAGUCCUGGCUAUGCAUUCUACUAUUCAUUUUUUCAGAUUUUGAUGAGGUUGGCAUCUAUAGCCAGAGACUCUACACGGUGUUUAAAGGGUCACUAACUUUUCAAAAAACAUCUGAUGUGUCAUAGAGUCUUAUCAAAAGUUUAGAUCUUUGGCGGUCUGAGCGCUGAGACCCCCACGAUCCCCACACUAAUAGCGCACUCACUUUCCUCCCUGCAAGAGGAGCUGCAUAGAAGUCUAUGGACCGAGUCUCGAAUCUGUCCUCGGCAACAAGCACAUGCUAUGUGUUCACUUCUCUCCCCUUGUUCUAGGGUUCGGUAGGGGUCUCAGCGCUCAGACCUCCACCAAUCUAAACUUUUGAAAACUUAGUGAUCUUUUACGAUUAUGAUCUCCGUUUGCUGUGGUGGUUGACAAGGUGAAUCUUAUAUCUGCUGUGCUUCAUAAUUCCAAACACCACUCUCCAGAACUAGGUACAAUCUAAUCCUAUCGUAUACUAAUUGUUUUCUUAAUGAUUGUUGACCCUACCAGGUAAAUUAUGUAACAGCAUUGUGGUUGUAUCCAGUGAUAGAGGAUCCUUGAAAAGGAUGCUGCGCCGAGCCAUCGAUGUAGCACUAUGCCUGCUUUCUGACAGCUGGAUAAACCAUGUUAGGACUGACUCUAAACAUAAACUGUACAUCAGACGUUAACUUAAUAUCAGUCUUAA